AUGAGACCUAAAGUCCCACUUGGGAAAAUCAAGCAGGAGCAAAUUGCUAUUAAUGUUUCAGUACAAGACAGGACAUCUGUGGUGAAAUCUCCCACUCAUUCAGAAUUACAGGUGACUUCUCAAUCAUCCAUUUCACUGCCUAUUGAGGGUAACUCUGAGAAUAGUUCUGAUUUAUAA